AUGACGAGAACAUCGGCGUCGAAGAAACGACAAGGGCGACCAUCGAACAAGGUCUCUCCGCCACUGGCGACACCAAAUCAGGCGACUCUCAUUGCGGGGGAAGUGGAUGUGGGUGAAACGAGUGGUGUAUUGAAGGCAACUGUGGUGGCAAACAACAAUUGGGAAGUUGAGAAUCCCAAGUUAGGGGUUUGUCAAAACCCUAAAGAGGGAGAAAGAGAAAUUAAAGUGGCAAGUCUAGCAGAGCUACAAGGGAAUAAUGGUGCUACGAAACUGUGGGUUGAUCAAAAGGCUGAUAAGGAUAAAGGAGAAAAUAGUCAAGUUAACAAAGCUGAGGAGGAAGGGAUUCCUGGAAAACAUGAGGGUUUUGCGUUGCCAAGUGAGGUUACACCUAACAGAAUGGACAGGCUUGUUCAGCCAAUGGUACCAAUGCAGAAGAUGGGAUUUGGACAUUAG